AUGAUGGGGGUGCAUGGAGGUGGUCGUUCGGGUGGUGCAGCGGCCGCAGCAGCGUCGUCAUCGGCGGUGUCGGCCAAGUCAGACGCCGCAGACCUGAGCUACGGGCCCAAGGUGGUGGUCGUCGGCUCGUGCAUGAUCGAUCUGGUCUUCUACGUCGAUCGCAUGCCUCAGCUUGGCGAGACCAUGCACUGCACCUCGUUCAAGCAAGGCUUUGGCGGCAAGGGUGCGAACCAGGCGUACCAGGCCGCACUGCUGUUUGACUCGCACGGCGAUGUGGCCAUGGUGGGGGCGGUCGGCGAUGAUGCCUUUGGCGAGGCCACCCGUGACAACAUGGAGGACGUCGGCAUCAAUGUCUCUUGCCUUGCGCUCACGCCAAACCAUGCGACGGGUAUGGCCGAGAUCAACGUCGAUGCCAACGGCAACAACGCCAUUGUCAUUGCCGCCAACGCCAACACCACCAUCACGCCCGACGCCGUAGCCGCAGCUGCCCACUCGCUCUUUGCCUCGGCCCGGGUUGUGGUGACCCAGCUGGAGAUUCCGCUGGCCGCCACGCUGGAGGCCAUGCGCCACGGCAGGGACGCAGGGGCGCUGGUGGUCUUCAACCCGGCUCCGGCCAUUGCCGACCUGCCCGACGAGAUCUUUGAGCUUGCCGACUUUGUCACGCCCAACGAGUCGGAGACAUCGCUGAUGACCGGCGGUAUGCCGGUGGAGACGCUUGAUGAGGCCGAGGCAGCCGGCCGAGUCCUCCUUGACCGCGGCGCAUCUAACGUCAUCCUCACUCUCGGCGCCCGCGGCGCGAUGUGGCUGUCGGCCGGGACUGGCGACGCCGUCGUCAUCCCCAUUCCUGACCCGGUGCCUGCCUCUGCUGUCGUCGACACCACCGGUGCCGGCGACUCGUUUGUCGGCGCCUUUGCUUACUACAUGGCCCAGACCGACUGCCCGGGCAUUGAGCACGCCAUCCGCUCGGCGCACCGGCUCUCCGCCGCUUCUGUCCAAGCGGCAGGCACCCAGACGUCGUACGUCUCGGCCGUUGCCGUUGAUCCUGACCAUUUCCACUGAUGGCCACGUAAAGUCUGUCCCCACCCA